AUGCCUCCAGUGCCGCCCGGGCUGCCUGUGGCAUACAGCCAGCUGAUCGCGCCGCAGCUCAGGCAGGUCCUGGCAGCAUGCGGUCUCCCGCACACCGGCAGGCGACAGGAGCUGCUUGACCGUCUGGCCGACACUCGUGCUUCCUGGCGGGCAGAUACCCAAGCGCCGCGUGUCCUCAGCAUCGACCUUGGCCUGCGCAACUUUGGCUUCGCCCUCAUGAGCCCGGUCGACGCUGGCACGUCUCAGAUACCUCCACGCAAAGCACAGCAGCCCGCAUUCCAUCGGCAGCCUGUUCCCAUCCAUUUGCAUGCGUGGGAACGGCUCGAGCUGGUCGCCUCGGACGCGGACACUGCGUGCUUCGCUCCGGACAGGAUGGCUGCUAUGACCUGGGACCUGCUCCAGAACCGCCUCUUACCCAUGGAACCGACACACAUUGUGAUGGAGCGCCAACGCUCGCGCACCCUCUCCGGCCCCAAGGUCCAGGAAUGGACCCUGCGCGUCAAUGUCCUCGAAGCCAUGCUGCACGCCAUGCUCAAAGUCCUUAUAACCGCUGGCAAGUGGCAGGGAGCCAUCAUGUCGGUACCGCCCGGCCGUGCCACUCAGUUCUGGCUGGGAUCUGUUGAGGAGGACUCCGAGGCUCUAGCGGAAUGGAAACACCACAAGGACGAGAAGGAAGCAGGCAAAAAGGAGAGGUAUUACAAGAAAAUGGAAAGGCUAGCCCGUCAAACAAAGGGCAGGGCAGCCGCUGCGGGAAUGUCAAGAGAGGAUUUCCCCGCCUUCACACCCGAACCUGACUCCAAGACCGACAUAAAGGCCAAGAGAAUGUAUCUUGUCAAAGAAUGGCUGAAGCGACCGGCCAUCAUUCAACCAGAGACGCCCGCAGUACGCAAAGUGCAGGACGCAUUUAUCACAACGAGCCAGCUGCUGCAACCAGGAAGAGCAGGAAGAGCUCGGGUCAAAAAGACGGUCGACAAGCAACAGGACGACUUUACCAAGCUUGAUGACCUUGCAGAUUGUCUGUGUCAAGGCAUGGCGUGGCUAGUCUGGCAGCACAACCGGUCCAUCUUUGCGCAGAGCGACGCCUCGCCGCUUGCUUCCAAGCCAACUGAUGCCACUGAUGAAUCUGAACACGAAUUGGCGUGUAAAGAACUGGCAGAGCAGCAGGCGAAGGAUGAGCGUAAGACAGCGAAGAGGACGAGGGGGAUAAAAGCAGCCGCCGAAAGCGGCGUAACACCAGUUGGUGUUGUCCCUGGACAAUGA